AUGUUUAAUUUGAAUAUUUUUGGAAUAAGUAAUUUAAUUAAUAAUUCAAAUAAUAAUAAAAAUAAAAAUAAUAAUAAUAUUAAUAAUAAUAAUAAUAAUAAUAAUAAUAAUAAUAAUAAUAAUAAUAAUAAUAAUAAUAAUAGCAAUAAUAAUAAUAGCAAUAAUAAUAAUAAUAAUAGUACCAAUACAAAUAGUAGCAUUAUAAAUAUUAAUAGUAAUAGUAAUAGUAAUAAUAGUCAAAUGGAAUUAAUAAAUAAUAAUAGUUUAAUAAAUAGUAGCGAAUCAUUUUUAGUUUCAAAGAAAAAAGAAAAUAUGAAAAGUUUAUCAAAUGAUAGAAUUGGUAGUGGAUUAUAUUCAAUUGUAUCGGGAAAUGGUAUAGUUGGAAAUAUAGGUGAUGUUGGAGAGGAUUUUUGUUUUCAAGUAUCAUCAUAUCAUAAGAAUGGUGUUAGAAAGAAACAAGGUGGUGAUAUUAUAUCAGUGAAUAUUCAAGGUUGCGAUUAUCAAAAUAUAGAAGAGCAAAUUAAAUCAAGAGUAAUCGAUAGAAUGAAUGGUUGUCAUUUAGUUUAUUACAACGUUUCAAAGAGUGGAAAUUAUUUAAUUUCAGUUUUUGUUAAUCAAGUACCUGUUGUUGGUAGUCCUUUUAAAGUUUUUGUUUCACCAAUUCCAUAUUCUAUUUGUAUUAAACAAAAAUUAUCAUCUCCAUCUUCUUCAUCUUCUUCAUCUUCUUCUUCUUCAUUUUCAUCUUCUUCUUCUUCAUCUUCUUCUUCUUCUUCAUCAUCUUCAUCAACAUUAAAUAAUCAAAUUAUUGCAGGUAAUCUUAUAACUUGUGAGAUUUCACCGACAAGAGUAUCAUCACAUAUUAUAAAUGAUAAAAUUGAUUUAACAAUUUUUAUAAAAGAGAAUGGAGUUUUAAAGAAAACAAAUGUUGAAAUAAAUUCUGAAAUAUUAAAUUCAAUAAAUAGUAGUGGUAGUGGUGGUGGUGGUGGUGAUCCAUCAUCUUCAUUAUCAUCAAAUAGCAAUAAUAGGAUGAUUAGUGAUUUCGAGUCAAUGAUGAUUUCUAAAUUUAGAUUAACAAAAAGUGGUGAAUAUGUUUUAGAGGGAUCAACAACUGGAGUAUUAGUUUUUAGUAAAAUAAUCACUGUUAUUCCAGGUCCUGUCUCUAGUAAAUAUUCACAAUUAAUUUGGGAUGGUAAAGAAUUAAUUUCAGAGAAUAAAUUAUUUAUUUUAAAGGAUAAUCAAAAUAAUGAUCAAUCAAAUUCUUCACCAGAUUUUAAAUUUAUAAUUGAAACUAAGGAUAAAUUUGGUAACAAUAAUCAAAAUUCAAAUAGUAUUAAUGAUUUCAAAUUUUAUUUAAAAAAAUCAUUAUCACCAAUUUUAUUAAAUAAUAAUAAUAAUAAUAAUAAUAAUAAUAAUAAUAAUAAUAAUAAUAGUAAUAUUAAUAAUAUUAAUAAUAAAAAUAAUAAUAAUAAUAAUAAUAAUGAAGAAAAUGAAAAAGAAAAAGAAAAACAAAAAUUAGAAUUAUCUUCUGAUGAAAAUAAUAAUAAUAAUAAAAAUAAAAAUAAAAAUAAAAAUAAUACUAAUAAUUGUGAGGAUUAUGAAAAAGAUUUAAUUGAAAUUUUACCAAACUCGAUAUAUUAUAAUAACCAAGGUAAUAUUUCAUUUACAUUUAAUGGCGAUCAACAAAAUCAAGUUGGAUGGUAUUGUAUUUGUGUGAAAAUAAAUGAUGAACCAAUUUCAAAUAGUCCAUUCAUUUUAGCAAUGAUUAAAGAAAAAGACUUUCAAUCACUUUCGAAUUAUUAUACAAAUGGUAAAGCUUCAUUUAAUUGUCAAGUUGAAAAAAAUGGUAAAUUAACUAACAUAUCUUUAUAUUUAACACAAAAUAAAAUUGAAAUUAUUGAAAAUUAUUAUUUUAUGAAUAUAAAACUAUAUGAAUUUAUAAUAAAUCCAACAGUCCAAAUUUUAUUAGUUAAUGGUGGUGAAUUAGUUAUUCAAGAUAAUAAUAGUAAAGUUUAUUUAAAAGGUAUAUCAAUGGAUCAAAGUUUUUUAAUACUUUUAACAAGUUUUUACUUUUUUGGAUAUACAACUCAAAGUGAACCAAAAUUCGAUAGUAAAGUCAAAUGGUUAAAGGGUAAACUAUGUAAGAUUCAAAAGAAAAUGAUAACCUUAAAAUUAAAUAUAUCAAGUAGAAGUCAAAUCCUAAUGGAAUCAAUUCAGGUUUUAAAACAAAUAGAUCCAAACGAUUUAGUAUUAAGUAGAUUAUUCGUUAAAUUUAAUGAUGAAGAAGGAAUUGAUAUUGGAGGAAUUUCAAAAGAAUGGUUUUCAAAUUUUAGUGAAGAGUUGGCCAAUACUCCAUUAAAUGGUUAUCAUUUAUUUCAAGAAUAUUCAAAUAGUAAUAAAUACCAUCCAUCACCUUUCUCAAAUUUAAUACCAGACUAUAGAUCAAUCUUUAAAACUUUGGGUAGAAUUACAGGUAAAUCUAUUAUAGAUAGUAUCACCAAAGCUGAUAGACACUUUUCACUUAGAUUCACCCCAAUCUUUUAUAAAAUGAUCUUGGGUGAAAAAAUAACUUUAGAUGAUUUAGAAUUAAUUGAUCCAGAACUAUAUAAUAAUAAAGUCAAAUUAAUUUUAAAUACUCCAAUGAAUCAAGUUAAUGAAAUAUUAGGUGAACCAUUAUGUUUUGUUUGUGAUAUUUAUAAUCAAAAUGAAUUAUUAAAAAGAUCAUUAAAUAAUAAUAAUAAUAAUGAUGAAGAUAAUAAUAAAAUUGAAAAUAAUAAUAAUAAUAAUAAUAGUGAAUUUAAAAUUCAAAUUAUGAAAACUAUAAAUUUAAAACCAUUUGGAAAUUUAAUUAGAGUUACAGAUGAUAAUAAAUUAGAGUAUUUAGAAUUAUGGGUAAAUAGUUUAUUUUAUAAUGGUGUUAAAACUCAAAUCGAAGAAUAUAGAGAAGGUUUAUUUCAAAUGAUACCACAUUCAAUUUUAUCAAUUUUCAAUUGGAAAGAAUUAGAAAUGUUAAUUUGUGGAAGAGAAAGAAUUAAUUUAGACGAUUUGAAGCAACAUUCUUCAUUCACUGGUUACUUUAAUCAAACACUAAUCGAUGAAUUUUGGUUAAUUGUUAACGGUUUCAAUGAGGAUGAAAAGAAAUCAUUAAUUAAAUUUGUCACUGGUUCUUCAUCGGUUCCAUUGGGUGGUUUCUAUCAACUUUGUCCUCAUUUCACUAUUAAUUUAACACCACCAAUUCAAAAUGGUGUAAAUAGAUUACCAAUAUCUCACACUUGUUUCAAUAGAUUAGAUAUUCCAAUUAAUUGUUUAUCUUUUAAAAAUUUAAAACUAGCAAUCACUGAAGGAGAUGGUUUCUCUUUGGUUUAA